AUGAAGCAGAUCAACGGUCGCUACGUGUAUGUGCUACUAUACGUAGACGAUCUCAUCAUCACCUGCAACACGGAGCAGGAAUACCAAGCAGUGGUCGAGGUGUUGGCGCGGAACUUCAAAAUCACCGAGUUGGGAGAACUUUCGUGCUUCUUGGGGAUUCAGGUCCGAAAACAAGCCGGUGCGUAUGUUCUCAACCAGAAAUCGUACAUAUCAAAAACACUCAUACGAUUUGGAAUGGAGAAGGCUAACACAUCACGGGUCCCGAUGGCGAGUGGUUACCUACAACAACAGCAGGAGGAGAGCGAUGAGCCUGCGGAGAAGGAUAAAUUCCAAAGCCUAAUCGGUGCGUUGUUGUAUGUUGCCAUAAACAGUCGUCCGGACAUUUCAAUCGCUACUUCUGUCCUUGGGCGGCGUGUAUCCAAACCAGGGAAGGCCGACUGGAUCGAGGCCAAAAAGGUGCUUCGGUAUUUGAAGGGGACAAUCAACCACGAGUUAUACCUAGGUGCUAACGAGGAACUGAAGCUGGAAUGUUUCGUAGAUGCCGAUUGGGCGGGUGAAGUGACGGACCGAAAAUCCAAUACUGGCUUUCUGUUCAAGUUUGGUGGUGGACUCAUACAAUGGUGUCCCAAGUAA